AUGGAGGAAGAUGAGGGGGUUUUCGGCGACAAAAAGAUCGAUACAAAGUUGGCACACAAGAUCUCCGAGAGUGUGCUGCAGAUGAAUUUCAUGAAGAAGACCUACAAUCAGGUGGAGAUGGCAAAGAAACGCAAAGACAGACUGGCCAUGAGGAAGAACAAGAUAAAAGUCUUCCCAACUGCACUCAGAUUCGAUGAUGAUCCUGUGGAGUAAGAUUUUAUACAUAAUUGUUUGGACUUUAGUGUGUGACCGUGUAGUACAAUAUAAUUUUCAUUGAUGAAUUGAUGUCUAAGUCUUUCAGAGGCCUGAAUGGAAUCACAGUUGAUGAUCGGUUCACAAAAGUUGAUCAAUUCCGCUUUGGACGGUUCUCAUUUGGAGGUCAAAAUCCGGAAGUUGAGGUGAGCGAAAUUUUUUAUUGUCUUUUCUGAAUUGAGACUUCAAGGUGGAAGAAAGUGAAAUAUAAGAUGUCAAUAGGUCUGUGGAGUAUUUUGAGAGCAUCUGGCGAAACAUUGAAGUGCUGGUCAGCGAUUUUUUAUCUAAACCAUCAGAUCUGAUGUCAGAUUUUGAAAAAUCGAUAGAAAUGUGCGUUUUCGGAAAUGAAAAGCGUUGAAAUUUGAAGUAUACAUUCGAGAGAGCUUGAUAGUGCUAUACGAACAUAUUUUAUUCAUUUUUUCAGACAUUAAUGGAGCUGCACGAAAGGAAACGGAAGAGCGCAGGUCUAGAGGAAGGUGAGCUCAGCGAUGAAGAAAUAUCAGCCCGGGAAAUGGCCGAAACCCUCAACUCCUAUCGAAAACGACCACUGGACAUCAAGGAGGAGCCUCGAGAGGAGCAGGACAUCAUAAUCGAGACAGCACGAGAGCCGAAACGACGAAAAACCAAGGUCAAAGUGCAGGGAGUCAAGGAUUUCUAA